AAAAUAAUAUCGAUUCCAAAGAUAAAACCGCAAAUGAAAUCGAAUUUAAUAAUGAAACUGCAAGCAAAGAUGAGGAAGAUAAGGCAGAAAAUAAGACCAAGAUCAUGGAUAAAGUAAAAUGUACAGCUAUGAAAAUGUUAAAAGCAGGGACAAAGCCAAGUAUGAUCUAUGAGGCUCUUAGAGACGAAAAUGGGUCACCAACUGUGACAAGAAAGGAUAUAUCUAAUUUGGGUUUGCGAAUCGAUUCUUUAGAAGAAACUACGUCAAUAGAGACAUUGAUAAUAGAAAUGGAAGAAAGACAAGGUCAACCUAAUUCCAAUCAUAUAAUUCAGAAUGAAGUAUUAGAAAAUUUGGAUAGUUUUUUUUACUUAAGUUGUCCUUCUGGAACCAAACAAUUGCCAACUGUAUUGGAAU